AUGAGAAAUGAGAAACGAGAAACGAGAAACGAGAAACGAGAAACGAGAAACGAGAAACGAGAAACGAGAAACGAGAAACGAGAAACGAGAAACGAGAAACGAGAAACGAGAAACGAGAAACGAGAAACGAGAAACGAGAAACGAGAAACGAGAAACGAGAAACGAGAAACGAGAAACGAGAAACGAGAAACGAGAAACGAGAAACGAGAAACGAGAAACGAGAAACGAGAAACGAGAAACGAGAAACGAGAAACGAGAAACGAGAAACGAGAAACGAGAAACGAGAAACGAGAAAUGAGAAAUGAGAAAUGA